CUUCCGGGCUUUCCCGGCGCUCGGAGAUGACCUCACUCCCCUCUCCGUUUCCGCCCCUCUCGAUCUCCGCUGCUGUUGCAGGGGCGGAGAUACACGUCCCACACCCCCUCGGUCCGUGACGUCACUGAGAGCGCGCCGGGAGCCCGUCGCACGUGCCUCUCGGUGCCGCCCGGUACCGCGCCGUCCGGCUCGCGUGCCGCCGCCAUGAGCUGCCCCGUGACGUGCGCCGCCUGGGUGCGCUGCGGCGUUGCCAAGGAAACGCCGGAUAAGGUGCAGCUGAACGAGGAAGAGCUGAACCGCCUCAUCCAGGAGGCCCAGGACAGAGUGGGGGAUGGUGCUGGUGGUAGUGAUGAAGGCCAGAUGGCACACGGCACGGAUGCAGCUGCUCCUGACAGACCUAAAUCUUCUCAUAAAAAUGAAGACGUGUCUGAUGAUGAACUGGAUGAAUAUGAUUUGGAAAAUUAUGAUGAAGAGGAACGCACAGGUGAUUUAAAACUUGGAGAUUCUUUGGCUGCUUUGACAGUAUAUGGGAGCAACGAUCACGAUCCUUACAUCACUCUGAAAACCACUGAUCAAUAUGAACAGGAGGACUUUCUGAUUAAGCCCAGUGACAAUCUUGUCCUUUGUGGCAGAGUUGAUAAAGACUACUGUAGUUUGGAGGUUCAUGUUUAUAACCAUGAAGAGAAUUCAUUUUAUGUACAUCAUGAUAUUCUCUUGCCUGCUUACCCUCUAAGUCUGGAGUGGUUGAAUUUUGAUCCUAAUCCUGAUGAAUCACCAGGAAAUUAUGUUGCAGUGGGUAACAUGACCCCAGUUAUUGACAUUUGGGACCUUGAUAUAGUAGAAUCCUUAGAACCAGUCUUUUCUCUUGGAAGCAAGAAAGAGAAAAAGAAAAAGAAAGCAAAGAAAAAUUUAUCUUCUGAAGAGACAGUGAAAGGACAUACUGAUGCUGUGCUUGAUCUUUCAUGGAAUAAACAAAGCAGGAAUGUUUUAGCAAGUGCAUCUGCUGACAGUACUGUGAUUCUGUGGGAUAUGUCUGUGGGUAAGCCAGCAGCCCGCCUGAUGCUACAUACAGACAAGGUCCAGACACUGCAAUUUCAUCCAUUUGAAACUCAGACCCUUAUUUCUGGAUCUUACGAUAAAUCAGCUGUGCUGUAUGAUUGCAGAAACCCAGAAGAUAACCAUCGAACGUGGAGGUUUAGUGGUCAGGUUGAAAGAGUUAUCUGGAAUAAUUUUUCCCCUUGUAAUUUCUUAGCAAGCACAGAGGAUGGCUUUGUGUACUGUCUGGAUGCUCGUUCUGAUAAACCGCUGUUUACUCUGAAAGCUCAUGAUGAAGAGGUGUCAGGGCUACAACUAAGCAGUCAGAUCAAAGGGUGCCUUGUGACAUCAUCUGCUGACAAAUUUGUGAAAAUUUGGGAUAUCCUGGGUGACAGACCAAGCUUAAUCCAUUCCAGGAAUAUGAAAAUGGGUGUUCUCUUCUGCGCUGCUUGCUGCCCUGACUUCCCAUUUGUUUUUGCCUUUGGAGGAGAGCAAGAGGGGCUUCGUGUCUGGGAUAUAAGCAAGGUUUCUGCAGUGAAUGAAGUGUUUGGAAACAGAGAGAGACUCGUUCUGGCCAGUGCCAGCUCUGUGCCUUCCAGCUCCACAGCCGGCAGCAGCAGCAACAGUUCAGAGACACCAAUGGAAUCAUGAUGGACCAAACGUCACUUUAUCCAACUAAUUAAUGGGACUGUAAUGUACAUCUUACAAGGCCUCCUGUUUGGUGAGAGUUCAUAGGAAGUACCUGAGUGUCCUCCAGUCUGCAAGCUGCUUCAUCUCAAUCAAAGAAACAGGGUGAUAUGGUUACACUCUAACUCAGUAGUUCUAAGUUCCUGCCUGUUUCCAGCUUUGAAAGAUUAAAUCACUUGCUUUUGCCUGCCACGAUUAUCCCUGAAACAGGGGCUACUGUGUGUAAAGUUGAUUAUCUUAAAUCAAAUAGGCACUAAAAAAAAAAAAUGUUCUGUUGCUACCUGAAGUUUGAAUACUGCAAAGAAGGUAAAAUCUUCCUAGGGCAUCAGAAAACAUACUUCAGACAGCAGCUGUGUAGUAAAUAAACAAAUGCUGAAUGAAAUGACAAAUGUAAAUAGGUAUUUAUCCUUAAUUUGAGACUGGAUUUUCAGAUUUCUAAUACAGAUUUUAGAAGUUCUUCUAUGUAACUUUUUUUAAAGAGUAUUUCUUGGGCAGUAAGUUUGAGUCCCCAAACAGAAUCUCGAAAUGUAUUUGUAACACUUCAGAUAAUCAAUAUCAAACUAGAAAUAUCCCAUCUCUAUCCCAUCAGGAUUCCUCUUCCCUGGUUCUAUAGUACCUGAAGCUUAUUGAUGUUACAUGUGCAUUGGGUUUUUCUUCAAAGAGAAUUUGAACUGAAGUGAGGAAGGUGAGAGCCUGUCAGGACGAGGUAGGGAGGGUAGGUAUGUCAUCUGGUCACUGCCACUAGUAAAAGCUGCCCAUGUUACUUAACUCCUCCCAGGCAUUUCUUCCUGAAGGCACAGAAGUCUGAGUAUCAGCCUAACCACUGGCUUAAAUGCUUUGAUAAUAGCAUCAGGAAACCAGUCAAGGAAUGUGACUCUGAACAACUUCUUCACAUUUAAAGUUAACACCCCACGUGCCUUUCCCCAAGCCAGAAGGCAAAUGAUACUCAAUGAUACUCAUGUUCUCCUGAAGUGCUUCCCUUGGCACAUACUGGAAGGUGUCUGUCUAUUGAAGUGCUGCUGCUGCUAAAUUGCCCUUGGUAUCAAAUGCAUCUGGUAUCAAAGCAUCUGAAGUGUUAGUGCAAAUAGCUGACAAGAUCUUAACCACUGCUUCCAAUCCUUAGCUGAAUGUGACCCAUCCUGAUGAGGUGAAGCAGAUCACCUGUAGGAGUACAAACUGCAGAGAGGGAGAAGGCAGGGCUGUAGGGUUUCCCCCUGUCCAUUGAAGUUAAGUAGCUGUUUCUAGUCUGGUGACAGAUGUAUAGCAUGGCUCUGCAGGAACCAAGAAUAUUUUGGAUGUACUGGUAUUCCUGCCUCAAUCCUUUGUCUGCCAAGCAUUAGAGCAAUGUUUGGACAACAAAUGAGCAACUGUUUGUGUUAAGAAGGUGAAGGCAUCAGAACCACCUCUCUUAACUUGCUCUCCAUUAAAAAUCUGCAAGGUUUUCAAAGCUUUCAUUUGAAAUAAAAGUUUUUUGUUAA